AUGCGCAAAUUUACAACAGUCAUUUUGUUCCUCGUUUUUUACCUUUCGUUUUAUCUGACCCUUUCAUACAAUGACAAAGUGGACGAUAUAGUAAUUGUGGACGAGUCGGAAAAAGUCCACCGUGGAGAGGAGGACCAGAUGAAAAGUGCUGCAGGCGCCGAGACAGAGGUAGAGACAGAGACAGACCCUGAGAGCGACCCGCGGCAGUUGAUGCUGUCCUGGGCAGGUGACAACGAAAACCUGUUUUACUUCAAAAUAGGGAUUUUUUUUUGCCUUUUAAUUGUGAUCAUUGUGAAUGGGGUGGUGGGCCGAAAGACAAACAGAACAAUCGCCCUCUACUGGCUGAGGUCAUGCAAGGAUAUCUUUAUUCAAAAUUUUUCAAAGCUGGGAAAUGAAAAAUCUUUUUUAUUUGAAAAGUCAUAUGACAAAUUUGAGUUUUAUUGUACAGGUAGAAAGAACUGUAAUUAUUAUUUUGUUAAUUUAAACUUAUGCAAAAGACAAUGUUUGUGGAGGUAUUUUAUUUUGAAUCAUUUUAUAAAAGAAAGGGACAGCAUGAGUAUAGCUAUUCACUUUGAAAAACUGGACAAGGGAGUUCUGUGCAUAUAUAAAAAGCAUCACAAAAAGUACAUCGAUUGUCGUUUCCCUAAUUUGAAUAAGUAUACAAAAUUAUUAACCAAAAAGGAUUUGAAACAAAGUUAUGAAAUCAAGGGGGACUCCAAUGAAAUCAUGGAUCUGGUGUUAAGUGGAAAAAUAUUAAACUUUUUGAAUACCUAUGAUAGGUACAUAAACUACGUGUGUAUCACCGACAUUGCUUUGUUUGACUCGGAGGACAGGGUAGAUGGGGAGAAGGAAGAGGAUAAGGGGGAGAAGAACUCAAAUGACCAGAAGGAGCAACGUAGUAAUAAAGGAGGGAAACAUAAAUUCUGCUUCCUGAAUUUUGCUAUCCCUAAAAAUGUGGAAGACUUACGGACGCUGGUAAAUUUUUCAAUCUACAUGAUCGACGCUUGCUACUGCCUCGAGUUAUCAGAAAAGGUCAGGGACCACGUGAAGAAGCUUCGAAGCAUUGUGGAAAAGGAAGACUUGAAAAAAAAACAGCAACUGAAAGAAUUGCAGGAAAGGAGAAAAGCCCAAAAAUUGCAAGAGGAAAAGGAGAAAGUGGAAAAGAUGUCUGCCGAGCAGCAGAGGAAGUAUGAGGAAAAGAAGCAGAAGAAGAGUUUGAAAAAAAUGAAAAAAAUUAAAAUUAUAAAAUUGUGA